AUGGGCGUACUCGACCUUGGAAUUCCCACCGGCGUUAUUACUGGCGAUAAUGUUCGCAAAUUAUUUAAUUAUGCGAAAGAGCAAGGUUUCGCUAUUCCAGCGGUCAAUGUCUCCUCCUCGUCAACAAUUAAUGCUGUCUUGGAAGCUGCUCGUGAUAUAAAAGCGCCGAUUAUUAUCCAACUUUCCCAAGGUGGCUCUGCUUUUUAUGCGGGUAAGGGUCUUAAAAAUGAUAACCAGGAAGCCAGUAUUAAGGGUGCUGUCUCCGCUGCGCACCAUAUAAGGCUUUUGGCGAAAGACUACGGAGUUCCCGUUGUGUUGCAUUCCGAUCACUGUGCCGAAAAACUUUUGCCAUGGUUCGAUGGAAUGUUAAAAGCAGAUGAGGAAUACUUCGCGCAGCACGGUGAACCUCUCUUCAGCUCUCAUAUGCUUGACCUCUCCGAGUUGCCAAAGGAUGAUAAUAUCAGAAUUUGCGAAGAAUAUCUUAAACGUAUGGCGAAGAUCAAUCUAUUGCUUGAGAUGGAGAUUGGUAUUACCGGUGGAGAGGAAGAUGGUGUAGACAACACCAAUGUUACUAAUUCGUCUUUGUACACACAGCCCGAGGAUAUUUACGAUGUGUAUCGUAGGCUGAGACCAAUUAGCGAUCUGUUUACAAUCGCUGCCGCUUUUGGUAAUGUUCAUGGCGUAUAUAAGCCAGGGAAUGUAAAGUUAACUCCCGUGUUGCUCAAAAAACAUCAGGAGUAUGUUAAAUCGCAAGUGAGCUGCGAUACUGACAAACCCUUAUGGCUCGUGUUUCACGGUGGCAGCGGUUCUGUCAAAGAUGAGAUCCGUGAAGCCGUUUCAUAUGGUGUGAUCAAGAUGAACGUCGACACGGAUACUCAAUGGGCUUACUGGGAAGGCAUAAAGAAUUUCUAUGAGCGGAAGAAAGGCUACCUUCAAUCUCAAGUCGGUAACCCUGAAGGCGAGGAUAAACCAAACAAGAAAUAUUAUGAUCCCCGUGUGUUCAUUCGUGAAGCUGAAAAAUCAAUGAUUGAACGAGUCAAGGAAGCUUGCAGAGAUUUAGGAAAUGAGAAUACUUUGUAG